AGCAGCGGGCAACGAGCGGCAUGCGGCGCGGGGUGGCGGCACGUACGGCGGUAUAGCCCUCGAGAUGCUCUGGUGGUGGCUGCUGUUGCUGGCGGCGGCGCUCUGCUGCGCGGCCUUCGAGCUUCCAGAGAAGGGUCGCGGCUGCGUCGUGCUGCGGACGCACGGCAUGCUGGGAGCGGACUGCAGCUCCAGGGACCUCAGGGACGUCCCGCAGAACCUCGACACCCGCAUAGAGGUUCUGGAUGUGUCUGACAACAAGAUAAGAGAGCUCACUACCAACUCUCUGUCAAAAUAUUCCAGUCUGAGGUUUCUCUACUUAGGAGAUAACACGAUAUACCUUGCGGACGAUGGAGUGUUCACUCCUCUAAGUUCCCUAGAGGUUCUCGAUCUCUCUUUGAAUGUAUUCCGUAGAAUACCCUUCGAUGUUCUGCGGUUGCCCGUGUUAAGAAAACUCGACUUUUCGCAAAACGGGAUUAUUCUGGACGAUCCAGAUGUUUACAAAGGUGCUCCAGUCAGCAACAGCCUGAAGGUGCUGUCACUUGCCAAGAACAAGCUGAAAGAAUUUCCCCCUCUGUGGAUGGUGCCUCAGUUAGAGUACUUAAAUGUUUCAGGGAAUGAACUGCGAAGUAUAAAAAUCACAGACAUUGCUCCAAUGUGUCGCUUGAAAGAAAUAGAUGCAAGCCACAACUCAAAAUUGUUUAAAGGUGGACUCGAUAAGUGUGACUGUUACUUGUUCUCCACGUGGAUUGAGAGGAGGAACAUUAAGUUAAUUCCGCAAGUGUCUCUCAACUGCCCUCCAACCGAUACAGAACUCUGUGAGAAUUCAACAUCACUGAGAGAAGCAUUAGAUCUCCAUUCGAGAUGUAAUAGCAAAGUAGAGACAUUUCAGCGUCAAGCUGCAAUAAAGAAGACAUGGAUGUGGGCAGGGAUAGCAGCUGCUAUCUUUGUGAUCAUCGUGCUCACUGGGGCACUGUUUAUGCACUGCAGGAAUUCCUCAAGGAGAAAAGUGUCUGCAAACAAUAACAACCAGAUGGCGUGUAAUGAUGUGAAGAAAAUGCCUCCAGACCCUUCAUCUUCGCAGCUUCUACAAGACUUGUAGUUCUUAAUGGAGCAGAGAGUGACUCGAGCUUCCUACACAUUCUCUCAUCUCUUUGUACAUACAACUGUUCUGCAAUACGACUGUGAUGUUUCUGUGAUGUAAGUGGUUAGUAUUAGUUUCGCUUCGUGAAAGUGAAUGCACUGAAAAUAUGAUAGUGCAAAGACAUUCAAAGACAAUAUAUACAAUCACUUUAGUGUUCAGUGUGGCUGUGACUAGAGCAAGAAACUAUAGCUCACAAACUUACCAUGUCCAGCAUUUAUGUGCCUAAGAAGUGUUCCUUGAAGUUUAUGAAAGUUAUGACAACUCGAGGAGAUAACAGACCAAGCAAAUCUAUUUGAAAUUUUGCUACAGAUCAAAGGCAGUUAAAUAGCAUUCAUCAUCUAAUUGAGUGAGAAGCAGUCAAAUUUUGGCAAAACUAUGAACUUCAAAAUGAAAGAAUGAAGUAAGAGUAUAUUCAAUAAUACAACCGUCUGCUGGAAUUGGCUGUGUUCUUUUCAGCAGAUAUUAUUUUCAAGAUAUGCUGUAGUGGUUAUCUAACCCAUACUGCUUUGGAACGUGAAUGAGGCUUAUUUCUGAUGUGUUUAGGUGAAAAUAAGAGGACCCCCAAGGUUUCUCAUUGCCCUCAACAAUAUUUUUCUCCUCUAAAAUCAGUAUAGAGCUAAAAGUUAAAGAGAAAAGUGAUAUUAAAACCUGCGAGCACCUUCAUUUAGCAAUAUUUAUUAUAGAACAGUUAUUUUGAUUAUAAACUGUUCAAAUUCCUGUGUCGCAUUGUUUCAAUCUUUGUUAGAGUUACUGGUACAGACGUUAACUGUUAACAGAAUCUGCAUGGAAGUCAUUUGAGUAUAAAUAUUAUUGAUGUUUUAAAUUUGAUUAAGACAGUAUAAAAAUCUCCAGUAACAGAAUGUUACUUUUAAUGACAUCCAUUAAAUUGCAGAGGCAGUUAUAUAAAUGAUUAAAUUUGUUAUGUAGUGACGAGUGUGUCAUUUUAUCAGAUAUGCUGAAUGGUGACUUGUACUAUAUCAGACGAAGUUUGGAAAGUUGGACAGUUUCUAUAGGUUCUUCUUGAAUGCACUGUAAAUAUGCUCAUUCAGUGAACUGCUUGUUAAUUAUUAGAAUGCAGUAAAAUCAUUUCUCACAGUGCAGCACAAUGACAGCAACAAUGCUGAGUAGGUGUUCUUAUCUUACAAUCUGUGUAACAUAAAUCACUGCUGAUCAAUAUAUUCGAACUAAUUCAGAGAAUGUUAGACAUUUAAGCCAGUUCGUAGGUUAUUUUCUUGUUAGUAUGAGCUUUUGUAUGUUGUAACUUGACUGAAAAUGAGGUUUUGCCAACAUUUCGGUUUCAUGUAGUGUGUUCAAUAUUUGCUAGUGAUCACCACCUUGCAUGCCGCCCCCCCUCCCCCCCCCCU